AUGGAAGGGGACUCCUUCCCACUUCCUCCUCAUCCUCCAAAGUUCAACAAUCGCGAUGGCCAAAUCAUGAUGGAAAACAUUGAAAGUUGCGCUCGUACUGCCUAUGGAUAUCAUGGAAUUCGCCUUGAUUAUAUUUUCCGUGAAAAUUCUGAACUUGUUGGUGACCCUGGGUUUCUCAAAGCCAAUGACAGCUCUUGCUCCAUCGAAGAAGAACUUGUCCGACGUGCUGCCCAUACUGGUGCUGUGUUCCGUCGCAACAACCAGAAAUUUUGGGUUAUGCUCCAUGCAGUCACACAUGAAACCGAUGCCUCCAAUCAUGUUCGUCAAUUUGCUCCAACUUUGAAUGGUCGCGCUGCUUACUUCGCUCUGUUUGCACAAUAUCGUGGAAGGGGACAUUUCACAAAUGAACGCCAAGCUGCUGUCCGUGUCCUUGCAACACUUCACUGGAAUGGUAAAGCUUGA